CAUGAAAUCGAUUACAUAUGUGGAUAUGUUAAUUUAUGCCGUGGUUUCAUAGGAAGAAUGAGAAUCUAGUUAUUAAUAUCUCCAUCCCUCCCUUUGUUUUGGUGGUGUCUGGAGGCCCGAGCCUGGGCCUGGCAGCGAGAGUGGGCCCGAGGCUCGUGUUCGUUCUGCGUCGAUGAUGCUCGGGCCACGGGUUGUGCUGCGGCGGCUGGGUCAAGGGUUACUGCAAGCUCGAGGCGGCUGUGGUCAUGUUGAUUCAGUGGAAAGCCAGCGCUGCUUGGUACAUACAAGUUUCGUAAAGUUACAAGAACUAGCAGAAAAGGAGAGCAAUUCUACAGAACGAACAGAAGGCAAGACUUCAGCAGAUUUCAGUAUCCUACCUCCAAUGCCAGGACAGGAGAGCCCUUUGCGCUGGGGAGGUAAAAAGUUUGAAGAGUUACACAUAGCACAUAUCAAGGCAACAUAUAAUAACACACACAUUCAGGUUACUACCCAUGAUGGAUUAAGCAUGGUACGGACUUCAUGUGGUACAGAAGGAUUUAAGAAUGCCAAGAAGGGGACCCCAAUUGCAGCGCAGACUGCUGGCAUCUCAGCAGCAGUGAAAGCAACAGAUCGAGGAAUAUCCUUUGUGCGUGUGGUGGUGAAGGGUUUGGGACCCGGCAGGCUGUCUGCCAUAAAAGGAUUAAGCAUGGGUGGCCUCCAGGUGGUUUCACUCACAGACAACACGCCAAUUCCUCACAAUGGCUGCCGACCACGGAAAGCCCGCAGAAUGUGAAGCUUCACAAUAUGUAAUUGAUAAAGAGGCAUCAAAAGAAGUAACUAUUUGUUCCUAGAUGUCCCAAAGUCAUCAAGUUCAAAAUAACCAGAUGUUAAGGGUUCAAGUUAACCUGUUUCUUGAGGACAAAUAUAGCAAUAAAGCCUGUGUAAAUCUUGAGGAAAUAGGUUUCAAUUUUAUGUGUUUGAAUUGACAGCUCUUAAGAGAAAAAAAGUGUGUGGUUCCUCAGCUCUAACCACUCAAUGCACAGAAAAUGAAUCACAAAAGUGUAGUCCUAAAGUAUGUCAAAAAUUGGAGCCAUCCAACUAUUUUUCUAUUCUGUAGAUGCCGGUUUAAUCUCUAGCCAGUAUUUUUUUCAUGGCAAAAGUGACAGAGCCCUUUUAACAACAGUGGUUGCUAUUAUAACUUCCUCAUAAUUUGAAGAGAAAAAAAUGAGACCAAUUCAAGUUUCGUGGAAAUGGAUUAAAAUAAGGUGCAUCCAACAGUCUGGUUGCAGCUAACCAUCCUGUACGUGUGUUCUGCUCUAAUUUGUUAAUGACCAAUGUGCUCCCAGCGCAAUUUGAAUAGUAAGAGGAACUAAUUCAGCUCAGAGCAACAUCAUUCUUAUUGAUUUCAGGGUGUAGUAUGAAUGGCUUAUUGUUCAUCAAAUACCUUUAAUAUUAAUUAAAGCCCAUCUUUGCAUUCAGCAGGGGAGCUGCUGAAUGCAUAGAUUCAUUCCAACUCAGCAAAUUUGCUACUUAUAAGCAAAAGCUUCAUGAAUACAUUAAAGACAUUAAUGAACAUUUCCUCCAGCACCUAAAUCACUGUCAGACGAUGAUUUCAAUUGCAGAUUAGUUUAGGUUCUGUUUCAAAUGAAGCAAAGAAGAGUUGGGGCCAAAUGGCUGAUCUUAAAUUUAUAUUCAUUUAAGUCUCUUUGCUGGUGGUUGCUGCAGACUGUGCUGUAUCCAGACAAAUGUUUUCAUGAAAUGUCAGUGACCUGAAACGUUAACUUUGCUUUCACCUUCACAGAUGCUGUUUGAUCUGUUGAAUAUUUCCAGCCCAUUCUGUUUUUAAUCCAGACCCUAAACAAGUUGUAGAAAAGUCCACAGACGGCUACCUCCUGUUUAGUACUAGACUGGAUGAAAACAUUUUUAUUGCAAUUAUGUUCCAAAAACUACUAGAUGUCUGUGCUGAUUGUCUGACUGGAAUGCCAAUUUAACGAUGGAAUAAAUGUUGAUUUUGCUCUUCUCCAA